AUAUAUAUAUAUAUUUGUGUGUUUAAUCAUGGAUUCUGGGAGUAGUGGGAGUGUACAAAGCUCAAGCGGUGCCGAAGAUGAGUAUGAUUCACGCGCGGAGGGUUUCUUAAACUAUCCGUCACUGCAUGUCGGCCCCAUCCCUAAGCCUAACCCAUCACCACCACCAUCCCUACAUUCCUCCUCCUCCUUCGACCCUUUCUCCACCUUCCUCGAUCCUCCACCUUCCCGAUCACCCCCAAAUUCCCUUCUCAAUCUCCACCCUUCUUGGCCCACUAACCCGAGAUCCGACCCCAACCCGAUCCAAUAUCCAGCGUCCAUGACCACCACGCCCGAUACUCAAUUGCAACCCCCAACCCAAGUCGUUCACACCAACAACAAUAACAAUACUGCCACCGUUCGUAACCCGAGGAAGCGAACCCGAGCCUCGAGGCGAGCUCCGACCACUGUCCUGACCACCGAUACCACCAAUUUCCGAGCCAUGGUCCAGGAAUUCACUGGGAUUCCUGCACCACCCUUCCAGCCGCCCUCCUCCUCCUCUUUCCCUAGACCCCGGCUUGAUCUUUUUGCCGGCGCCUCCACUUCCUCCCCACCGUACCUACUCCGUCCAUAUCCCCAAAAGCUAUCCCCCUUUCCUUCAACUAAUUCCCUUUUUUCUCCCUCCUCCAUUUUCAAUCUCCCGCCCCCACCUCCACCACUCCAACAACCCAACCUUAACCUCCUCCGCUCCCACCUCCAUCCUAAUCCGCUGCAUCUGCCUCUCCCGGAUGACUUCCUUUCUGGGAUCGUUAGAGACGGCGGUGGGAAUAAUGUUCCGGCAAAUUGGGGCAGUGGCACCCUCGACGGAGGUGGAGGAGGUAGACCGUCCGAUCAAGAUCUAGUUGGGAGGAGUGAAGGUAUGGUCGAGCCUUGGAUUUGUUCUUCAGAUUAAUUAAUUGUGCUCUAAUUAACAUAAACACUCAUCCUAUGUACAUAAAAACAUUUCAUUUCCAUUUUGGGAUUUCGUUUUGUUUAUUACUUUUUCCUGUCACUAGAUUCCUAAAAAAUGGGAGAGACAUUAAUUAUGAAUUUAUAAGCGAGGAAUGCUAUUGUGGAGAGCCGUGACUCGUAACUGAGUUUGGGUAAAGUUGAUAUAUCCAAAACGAUCCUCGUACGAUGUCCACAAUGUGGAAAUUGCAUGCACCUACUACUGUGAGUAAUGGUUUAGUCGUAGUGUGCAGUAGGGAGGGAAGCGGCAUGGGCUCUCAUCCUUGUCUUCUUGCUUGCAUCUCUGUCUCACUGACUCAGUGUUCCAUAAUUUAGGAGAGAUUGGAGGCGAGAUUUGAGGAAUGUGAAGCCGCCAUGAUCUGUCAGGGAUCUUUAAACCCCCCCCGGUGGAUUUUAAUUUUGGAUGUUGCAUUCAUGUUUCCCCCCCUCCCCUAAUUAAUGACUAUUCAAAGUACAUAAAUUCAUGCAACAUAAUUAGGUUUCCUCU